AUGGUUUUGGAAUUAACAUGUUUCAAUAUAUCUUCUUCAUUACCAACAAUACCAAUAGUCAAUAAUAUCACAAAUAACCUUAGCCAUUCAUAUUACAAUCCGAAUGGAAAAGCCAUUUCUCAAUUAAUUUCAUCAUCAUUAGCUCGCUCGACUUUUUCUAUAGUUGAUGUUCGGUCAUUUUUAAAACAAGUCACAUCAGACGAGAUCAAAUCGUGGGAUGUUUCAGCGAUUGUCAAGUUAAAACCAAUAACAUCGACUAUUAUCUUUACAAGUUUGACUUUGGCUCUAUUUAUUUUAUUUUCAGUGAUAUUUUGUAUUAUUUCAUGUAGAAAUUGUUGCAAGGGAAAAUUCACUAAAAGACGUAAAGGAGCGAAAAAUCGAAAAUGUUCGAGACGAUGCUGCUCUGUUAUAUUAUUAUUAUUGAUUGGUUUAAUUGUUAUUGGUCUAAUGAUUUAUACUGCCUAUCAACUUAACAGAACAAGACUAUUUCUUGAUGAUUCAAUUGAAGAAGUCAAUCAAGAAAUUUAUCCAAAAGAAAUUUCAUUUUAUUUAGAACAUCUACUUCAACAAUUCGAAAAACUUGAUCAAUAUUCGACACAAGGUAAUUUUGAUUUUCUUAAUAGACC